ACAUGCAUUCAUGCAAAGGAUAAACAUUUCGGUUUUCAAGAUUAGAGGCGGUUGGAUAGAAGAGCAGUUACAGAAUUAGCCAUUAGCGGCGCAUAUGUCACGUGACUCCGGCUUGUCAUCUUCUUCAUUGGUUCUGGAAUAAAUGUGCACCACCCUCCACUUCGACUGCGCCGACGCAAAGCUUUUCAGCAGCUCCCAUGGCUGCUGAUACUUCAUCAAGAGUCAAUUCUUCCAAUGACCUCUACGAAUACCUAUUAGGGCUUUCCGACGGCACAAUCACUCGCAGGGCCACCCAUUUCCCUGAUAAGAUCUCACCCACAACAACUGAUCCUAACCAACCUGGCCUGGUUGUUCUCUCCAGAGAUGUGACCAUCAACGGCGCAAAAAACACGUGGGCCCGCAUCUUCCUCCCCCGAGAAGCACUCGAUUCUUCCUCCAAAAUUCCGAUCAUAGUUUACUACCAUGGUGGAGGCUUCGUUCUUGGCAGCGCAGCUGGUUCCAUGUUUCAUGAUUUUUGCUCUGAGAUAGCGUCUCAAUUUCCAGCCGCCGUUGUGUCCGUCGAAUAUCGAUUGGCUCCGGAGCAUCGGUUACCUGCAGCCUACGAUGAUGCAGUAGAAGCGUUGCACUGGAUCAAAACCAAGCAAGAUGGUUUGUUGAAUGAGUACGCCGAUCUUAAUAGAUGUUGGAUCAUGGGCAGUAGUGCUGGUGGCAACAUCGCCUACCACGCAGGUCUACGUGCGGCUGCACAAGUUGAUGAUCUUAUGCCGUUGAAGAUCAGAGGGUUAAUACUCCAACAAGCAUACUUUGGUGGGUCCCAGAGGACUGAAUCUGAAUUACUGUUGGUUAAUGAUCCGCUCUUGCCUCCGGUUCUUAAUGAUCUGAUGUGGGACAUGUCUUUGCCAAUUGGUGCUAAUCGCGAUCAUGAGUACUGUAAUCCAACGGUUGGUGAUGAUGGUAAAAAAUUGUGGGACAAAGUUGGACUGUUGGGAUGGAAGGUGUUGGUCAUUGGGUGCAAUGGAGACCCUCUGAUCGAUCGGCAGAUCAGUCUGGUGGAGAUGUUGAAAGGAAAGGGUGUUCAAGUGGAGCAUCAAUUUGAUGAAGGAGGUUUUCAUGGGUCUACUAUGAUUGAACCCAGCAAGACUAAAGUACUACAUGUUUUAAAGAAUUUUUGUUUGUCACUUUAAUCAAUUGUCUCUUUAAAGUUUAAACGCUAAUAAAUUGUUGGUUUGGUACACACCCGAGUCAAGUGGUGAGAAUGACGUGUAUCACUCUGAUGAUCAUGGUUCGAAUC